UCUCUCUCUCGGUCUUCAAGCUAAGCCAUGGCGGACUGGAUUCUUUCUCCCAUUGCCCAGAUUAUCAUUGAUCGCUUGGGAUCUGAAGCUGUGAGACAAAUCUCUUCGCUUUGGGGUGUCAACGAUGACCUUGAUCAACUCAGACAAACCAUUUCAACCAUCCAAGCAGUACUUCUCGACGCUGAGAAGAAGCAGAGACACAACAACCAAGUUCAGAACUGGCUCCAGAGGCUCAGUGGUGCUGUUGAUGAUGCCGACAACUUGAUGGACCAGAUCAACACUCAAGCUUUGCGACGCCAGGUCAUGUCUGGAAAUCAGAUUUCCAAGCAGAUGUGCACUUUCUUUUCCAGCUCCAACCAAUUUGGUUUUCGAUUCAAGAUUGGUCGUAGAAUAGAGGACAUCAAGAAAAAACUAGAAGCCAUUUCCAAUGAUAGAAACUUCCUUUUGGAGACAGGGCGUGAAGAGGCUCUGAGCGUUAGUAGAGUGAGAGACAACACUCACUCCUAUGUACGUCAGGAAGAUGUUAUCGGGAGGGACAUGGAUAGAUUGGCCAUAAUAAGUAAGCUUUUGUUGGAGAGUGGUGAAGAUAAUGUUUCAAUCAUCGCCGUUGUCGGCAUAGGAGGAUUGGGCAAAACAAUGCUUGCUAAAAGCGUUUUUAAUGAUGACCAAGACCAAAAACAUUUUGAGUUAAAGAUGUGGGUGUGUGUCUCUGAUGAUUUUGACUUGAAACAAAUUGUUGCAAAGAUCAUUAAGGCCGCCCCAAAUGAUAAGAACUUGGAAAAUAUGGAAAUGGAACAAUUGCAAAAGAGGCUUCGAGAAGUACUUGCUGGUAAGCGAUAUUUCCUUGUACUUGAUGAUGUGUGGGAGGAAAGUCAUGCUAAGUGGUUGCAAUUAGAAGAAUUGAUACUAGAUGGUGCAAAAGGAAGUAGAGUUUUGGUUACAACUCGAAGUAAAAGGAUUGCUGAUUUUACUGCAAGCAAAGACCAGUCACAUUCAUUGGGAAGACUUGAGGAAGAUCAAUCUUGGAAUUUGUUUAAAAAGGUGGCUUUUAAAAGCGGACAAGAACCGGAAAACUCUAAUCUUGCGAAGAUCGGAAAGGAGAUUGUUGGAAGGUGCAAAGGGGUCCCACUAGCUAUAAGAACAAUAGGAAAUUUGUUGCGUAGUGAAAAUUUAGAGUCAAAGUGGUUAGCCUUGAAUAAGGAAUUUUCAGAAAUACCACAGGUGGAGACAUUAGUUAGGCUUUGGAUGGCACAAGGAUUUCUCAAGCUAUCAAAUACAAGUCAAGAUCAAUGUUUGGAGGAGGUGGGUUAUGAAUGUUUUAUGAAUUUAACGGAAGAAUCAUUCUUUCAAGAUGUUGAAGUAGAUCAGUGGGGCGUUAUAACACAUUGCAAGAUGCAUGAUCUCAUGCAUGAUCUUGCAAUACUUGUGUCCGGAGAAAAAUGUGCUACUUUCCAUUCAAAUUGUCAAGGAAACAUCAAUGAAAAUACUCACCAUGUGUCCUUUGAAGGUGAUUCUUUCUCAGUAAGUCAAACUUUGCUGGAUCAAGCAAGGAGGGUUCGAACAGUUCUUUUCCUUGAUGAAUAUUGUUCCAAAGUUGAGCUAGAUGCAGUAGUAUCGAAUUUUUUGUUCAUACGCUCUCUGAAUUUGAAAGGGUUGAAAACCAAUUCAUUGAAUUCGAUUGGUAGGUUGAAGCAUUUGAGAUAUUUAGAUCUUUCUUAUAAUCAUCAUCUAGAGGCACUGCCGAAUUCAAUUACCAAUUUGGUGAAUUUGCAAACACUAAAGUUGAGUAAUUGCCAGUUUCGAGAAUUGCCUAGAGAUAUUGAAAAACUCAUCAACCUUAGGCAUCUUGAAAUUGGUGAUUGUGAUGAAUUAGAAUAUGUUGGUGAGCUAAAAGAUUUGUUGAGAUUGAAUGGUUUGAGAGGCGAAUUGGAUGUUGUAAAUUUGAGCCAUAAGAAAGAUGAGGUAGAAGAAUAUGGGUGUGCAAAAUUAAAGGACAAACAAUACCUUCAAUCAUUGAGGUUGAGUUGGUAUUAUGAUGUUGAAAUUGUUGAAGGAGAUGCCAUUAUUGGUUAUGAAAUGUCAAUGGAUGCCCUUCAGCCACACCCAAAUCUUCAAGUGUUAGAUAUAAGCAAUUAUGGGGGUGUCAAGCUCUCCAGCUGGCUCUCAUCACUUGAAAACUUAGUCGACUUAAAUUUAUUCAAUUGUAUGAAAUGUCAGUAUCUAGUUUCAUUGAAUUUAUUCCACGGUCUCAAGGUUUUGAAACUGUGUAGCUUGAAGUCUUUGGAGUACAUAUCCAACAAUAUUUUCAACGAAGACUUAUUUGGGACAACAAAGACAAUAUUGCCAUCUCUACGAGAACUUGAGUUGGAAUUUUUGCCUAAUCUAAAGGGAUGGUGGAGAGAGACUGUAAUUGAUCAUUCUUUUGUUGCUGCAAAUGAAGAAGACAAACACAUGUCCUUGCCUUAUCUCCCUUCUCUUUCAACUUUAGAAAUACGGUAUUGUCCUAAGCUGACUUGCAUGCCACUUUACCCACAUUUGGAAAAGUUGUAUCUGGAGAAUACUAGCUUGAAUCCAUUGGAAGAGACAUUAAGAAUGAAGAUGAUGAGUAGUAGCGCUGGAUCAUUAGUAGUAUUCCCAACAACAACAUCUUCUUUCUCUCCUCUCUCCAAAUUGAAAGAUCUAACUCUAACAGACAUUGAGGAUCUAGAAUGUCUUCCAGAUUGGUUCGAGAGCUUUACUUCUUCUCUCAAUAAAUUGGGUAUUUGGCAUUGCCCUAAAUUGAAGGAUCUGUGUCCAGGUAUUCUACAUCUCUCGUCACUUCGAAAUCUGUGGAUUUAA